GCACUUCGGCACGACCUGGUUGGCUAUGUUCUACUAUUGCUGCACACUGGUCUACCGGAAGCUGUAAAAGAGCCCGGACAAACUAAGGCCUAUCUGGUGAAAGCCUUAAAGGCGAUGCAGCGCAGUCCGCUCUACGGAGAACAGAUUCGUGCUCAUCUUGACCGGCAUCCUCACUGGGCCGAAUACCGAGACCAAAGCCAUGCACUCUUCAUUUCCAAUGCCUCUAGUCACUUGGCUUAUCUUACGGCCGGGCCGUCCAGGGGUAGCCUCCAUUCAGGCUAUCUUACUUCUGGUCCUUCAGUCUCAGUAGCAUCAAUGCCCAGUGCCGUUGGCGCGACCGGACUUUCUGAUAGUGGAAAUGAUGCUUUUACUUCAGAUUCACGCAAUCCAGCAUUUGUUUCUGAUCGGACGUCUUCGUUUGGGGCAGAGACAGCUUCUCAUCCUCCUCCCCCGCCGCCGCCACCACCACCCCCACCGCAUGAACCCUCGGGACCACUCUGA